UUUCUCAAGUUGUCAAAACAAAGUCGAAAUCCGCAAGAAAAAAGUGAAAACUAUUCUCCGCCCGACAUUACUGAUGCAGCAGCUGUGAAAAAUCGUGAAAUUUGUGCACUAUUUGGGCCAAUCCCGGAAGAUUAUCCUUGUGCAAUUGUGAUAGCGUUCGAGUCGGCGUGGUAACUAAUCAAAAUGUCGCAAGAGGUGGAAGAAACUCUAAAACGGAUCCAGUCGCACAAAGGCGUCGUCGGAACGAUUGUGGUCAAUAAUGAAGGCAUUCCGGUGAAGAGCACCCUGGACAACACAACCACCGUGCAGUAUGCUGGCCUGAUGAGUCAACUGUCGGACAAGGCGCGCAGCGUGGUCCGGGAUCUGGACCCAUCCAACGAUCUUACAUUCCUCAGGGUUCGCUCGAAGAAGCACGAAAUUAUGGUCGCCCCGGACAAGGACUUCCUCCUGAUCGUGAUCCAGAACCCGACGGAUUGAGGCGUUCUUUCUUAAGCUUGAAAGAGGGGGACACAUUUCGAAAGCGAGUAAAAUCGUUUAAUUUAUAUUUAAAUUAUCUACAUUUAAUUGGUUCAACUGGGGGUAAAAUUCUGCUAGGCGUUUAACUCUUUAUUUUAAAUUUUUAUGAUAAAAUUUAACAUGAAAUAAUCUACGCACUGUAAAACAGAAUGAACUUGUGCUCUAGUGUUCUAA